AUGGCCAUACCAUCAGCUAUGCAUUCAGAACAAGCCAAAAUCCAUAACGAAAACUGCUACGACGAAACCACGAAUAGUAAUAAUUCCUCCAUUUCCAUACCAAAAGUUUCUUCAUCUAAUCGUCGAGUUCAUUUUCCCGAAGGCGAUUCUAUUAUUCUGGGUUUCCUAGAGCCAUUCCACCCAACUCCUGACAAUUGUACAAGUGAUGAAUUAAUUGCUGCCUAUAUCGCUUCAUGCAAACUGUACAAGACACCACCUGUUGACUUUCUUCUGGAACAACUUCGGGGAAUCGACCUGUCCAUUUGCAAUGAACGCUACAGUCGACUCUGUUUACGCGGAAUUAGACUGAACCGGUACCAAAUAGAAACCUUGGAGGAAGUCUUUCGCCGUGUUCACUUCCAGGAGGUUGAUCUGGAAGAUACAUUCCUUGAUGAACCAUCUGCAACGGCGCUAUUUGACAUGAUGCUUCAUUAUGAGACAUGUGUGGACCUGUCCAUAUCUCUGAGUCUGGAACGAUCUAAUUUUAGUGUCGCUUGGUCCCGAUGUGUAACAUAUCUUCGAAAGUCUGGAGCCCUCCAGCGAUUCAAACUUUCCCAUACUCCUCUCACAGUCAAUCUCUUCAACGGUCUGUCUCUAUCCGGUCUUUCCCUUCAAAGUCUCACUUUUCGAGACUGUUCCCUCACUGGCUCUUCUCUACACUACCUCCUUCGUCUUCUCCGCUUUCUAAUGACAUAUACAAUAAACAGUAGCAAUACUUCGUCCACAAACUCCAGGGGCUACGGCUGUACUAAUGCCAGUCGAUAUCCUCGUCCUUCGUAUCGUGGCCCUUUAGCUCCUGUCCCAUGGCCCUUGAUUCUACGCCUCCCGGAGAAUAAAAUCAAUGCUGUGGAUGCUGAGAAUUUAGUUCUUCUUGUGAGGCAUCAACUUGUUAUGCUGCCCGGACCACCGACUCCCACGACAUCUUCUGAUGAAAAUUUGGAUUCAGAAGCGACUUCUGCACCGAAAAAUAAGCCGGCAGGCGGAUCAGGGUAUCUUGAGGAAUUGGAUUUAUCGCAUAACAACCUAAGAGUACGUCAGUCUUACUAG